UACGGACAUAAAACUUUGGAAAGCAAUUCCUAAAGUUGCCUUUCAGAUGACCCUGUGUGACUGUCAAAAGAAAAAAAAAUAUUGCACCCUGUUUAAGGAAAUGUUCUUCAUAUAAGCACAGUGGCUCUCCAGUAUAUGAGGAAAAAAAAAACAACAAAAACCUAACAACCUCCUAGGAGAAACAAUCUUGAAUUAAUGUGCUAAGAUGCAGCAAAAGGGACCAGUGAGGGUGUUUGCAGAGUACAAAACCUCAAAAAUACAUAUCUGACUGAGAUUGCUGUAGUAGACAAGAAGGAAUCAUUUACAUUGGCAGCUUUUAAAAACAGCAUUAAAAAGGAAGCUGUGAUAUUGGUAUUGGUAAUCGUUGUGCCACCACCGUGCCAGAAGAAACUCCCACACUAGCUGUGAAAAAAUAAAGCCUUGAAAGCAGUGAAAAGAAAGAAGGCUCUAAUUCCCAGACCACCACCUGAACUAGGAACAUCCUAGGGAAAAAAAAAAAAAAACACAACAACAAAACAUGGAGAGCUUAUUUUUGUGUUCUGCACAAUUCAGGAGAUCAUAAAAUGAAAAUUGAACAGGGUAACUCUAGUAGGCCCUGGUGAUGCCAUGAUUUCUCAUCUGGGUUUCCUCCUCUGGCACUCCUGCAUGACCACUGCAAAUUUUGCAGAAGAUCUCAGAGAAGAACAGUUCCAGAGUAGUUUCAGGAAGGUCAGACCAAACUGAUAUACUGAAAAUACUGAAAUACUUAUGAUCAUGGACUUGUAGGGAUUAUAAAAACAUCUCUGGUGUUCUCCAAAGCAGGAAUAAGGAGAGGAAAGUUUUCCUCUUUGAUCCCAGAUGCUGGCAUGAUCUGCAAAUCCAGUGCCCUGACAUCUUUGUAAAAGCUUUUCAUAGAGGUACUCCUGUGGCACCUGAUUGGAUCCUUCAAGGUAAGGGUUCUGUAGGGACCUGAGGGUAGCAGACUUGUCCCAGCCUUGCCAUCAGUCCCAUUGCUGUGCUCCUGGGACUACAAAGGGUAAAGGAAUGGAUGCAGUUCUACACUGGAGGGAGGUAGUCCUUGUGAUUUCACAAUAGCCAAUACAGACAGAGAUUUCUCCAUACCAAUGAAACGGCGUAUAUUUGUCUUGGCUCGGUUUUUUCUUUCACUUGGUCAGUUUGCAAACCUGAAGCUGGAAUCCACCCUUUGGCAUUGUUCUGGGAGACAGUGUUAUCAAAGGCAGCAUAUGUUGUGGCUGACAAGCUCUUGACAUUUUUCUGUAACUACUUGAGAGAAGGGCUGGCAUUUUUUAACAUCUAUAAAUUCUUCCUAUGCAAGUGCAAUGUCAUUAAUUCAACUGCAGUAUAUAGAAUUGUUUAUUGGAUUUAUUUUCUUUUUUCCUCCCAGAACACCCUAUGAAGUCCCAGAGCACAUACCAAUGGAAGGCCCUUUGCAAACCUUUGUUCAUGUGUGCCAUGAAAAUGGUCAGUGGAUGUCACGGUUACCAGAGAAGCUCUGGGAUAUUCCCCUCUAUAAUUUAGCACUUCCAGGGAGUCACGACACUAUGACCUACUGUUUGGAUAAAAGCUCUGCUGUUAGUGGCAAUGAGUCCAAGCUGGUGAAGUUUUUAAACAAAUGUCUGCCCUGCAUUGUGCACCCCAUUAUCAUGAAGUGGUCUAUAACACAGGUCCUGACUGUGACGGAGCAGCUUGAGGCUGGAGUUAGAUAUCUGGAUUUCAGGAUUGCCCACAAGGCUAAUGAUCCUUCUAUGAAUUUGUACUUCGUGCAUAUGGUUUACACAACUGUUACUGUUCAGGAUAUUCUGAGGGAAAUAUUGAGGUGGUUAGAAACUCAUCCUCAGGAAGUUGUUAUCAUAGCCUGCAGGAAUUUUGAUGGAUUAACCAAAAGACUUCAUAAUCACCUUGUUGCCUGUAUAAAAGAGAUUUUCCAGUGUAAACUGUGUCCUAGAAAUGUGGUGCCAACGCUGCGGACCAUGUGGCACCUCGGCCAUCAGGUUAUAGUCUCAUACGAAGAGGAGGUGGAGCUGGGGAAGCACUGUGAGCUGUGGCCCCCCAUCCCAUACUGGUGGGGAAACAAAACGUCCACUCGUGCUCUUAUCCGGUAUUUGGAGCGCAUGAAGCGCAUGGGCCGGCCAGGAAAAUUCUUUGUGGCAGGGAUUAACCUUACUGAAAAUUUAAGGUAUAUUCUUGUACACCCAUUCAGUUCAUUGAAGAAAAUGACACUCCAGAGUCUUCCAUGUUUGAAAAUAUGGAUAAAGCAGCAGUAUCCAGGACCAAAAAAAAAAUGUAUUAACAUCAUUGCUGGAGACUUUAUAGGAAACAAUGAUUUUGUCAAAGAUGUGAUAGAACUUAACACAAAAAUUAAUCCUCCAUUGCAUUGUCAAAGUGAACUGGAACAAAUAACAUUUAAUUCUCAGCUUCUUAAUCUGUGAAAAGUAAAAAAGGCUUUGUCUGCAUUUAUUGUGCCCUGCUGUAAACAUCCUGAAUCCCAUAAAGGUCCAAUUAACUAAAACCAGAAAUGCUUUCAAGGCUUAGUAGGAAAAGGUCUCACCAUCAUCAGGGUUUUGAGGCCUUUGGACAGAAAAGAGGGCAGGUACCUUGCUGAAGUCUCUAGAGAACUAUGGCAUAGGUGUAAUUUUUUUUUGGAGAUGCUUUGAUUCUGUAGCAGCUGUCAUUACUGAAAGUCCCAAGAACUCAAUCUUAUUUUACAUAGGACUAAGAAGGAGGAAAAUGUUAGUAGUUGCAUGAUUUAGUGGUAAGAUGUUCUCAUUCUGACAAUUGUAAGGAUAUUCUGCACUACUUGCAACCCAAAUUCUUACUCUUUUAUAUCAGUCUGAAAUUGACUUGCUGGUUUUCAUAGUUUCUGUUAAAUAAACAAAAGGAACAAUUAAAAAUAUUUUUGAUAUAUCAAAGAUGCUGCACUGACAAUCAAGUUUGAAAUUAUUUUUAUAUACAUACCAAUGUGCUGAGUAUCAGUUGUGAGCUACCUUAAGAACAUGGUAGCUCCAAAAUUAUUUGGAAUUUUUAAGAGGUAAUUGAAUUUGCACUUAGUCAUGCCAGUUCUGCAGGGAUAAAGACACCAAAACGAGGCCCUUACACAGUUUGUCUGUGGUAGUUAAACAUUUUACUAGGUGUUGACUAAGUAUGCCUUACAAUGAAAAUAAACAAGAGGAAACAAAUUCCUGAUCUUAACUUGAACUGCCCUAGAAAUACAGAUUCUUGGCUUCUAUCAUGCUCAUUUGGGGGUUUCACACCUGGUCUUUUAUUUAGCUAUUUUAGUAGCUCUGUAAUUACUUUUCCUCUCACUAAGUAGUUUUUGUGUAUGUCAAAACUAAGAGGUUUAUGCUAGUUCCCAUCACAUACUAAUUCUGUUUUUCUAAAUGAACUGUGUAAUAACAGAUCGUCAUGAAGGCAAGAGAAAUGUCAAGCAUCAGGACUAAAAUAAAAUCAAUUAUUGUGUAAAGUUCACUAUGCAACUUCAUCCAUAUACCUCACUUUUUAGAUGCACUUUAUAUACAAACACUAAAUUCAGAUGUCUGCUAAUGUUUGCAGAAGUUUUUCUGCCUAUCUUUUGUGCCCUCUUUUGUGUCCUUGUUAUUCUUAAUAAAACUUCAUCUCUCUCUGUAA